AUGAACCCAGUAACUGGUUUUCGACUGCUUGUGAUGGCCCUGGCCAUACUCCUCUGGCUAAAUCCCAAUCCCGAAGGAAGGCAAUCGAAAUCUAGGUUUACCAACAUUCAGUGUAUAUCUUAUAAUGAUUCCUAUUGCCUUAUUGAAAAGUGUAAAUUGAACUUGCUAGGCCGAGGCCGAGUGGGUGCCCAAUUUUAUUUAAAAAUGCUUAUAUUACCAGCUGAUAAUGUGUGGAUAAACUGGAGUAUUUUCCGUCGCUACAAUGGCUACCAGCCAUUUCUAUAUAAUAUAAGCACCGAUUUUUGUCAACUUAUGAAAAAUGUAAACAAGCUGUCGUUCGAGAGUCUGGUCAUUAACGCUAUCAUGACCAAAUCAAACUUAAAUCACACCUGUCCCUAUAACCACGAUAUAAUCUUGGAUAACUUGGAGUUUUCGGAUGAUUUUCUAAAGAAACUUCCCCUUCCACAGGGGGACUAUAAAAUCCAAUUGCGGUUCGCAACAUACAGGGUUUGGCGAGUCCAAGUGACCAUUUUCUUUGUUAGGGAUGAAUUAUAA